AGCCUCUAGUCUGCCAGGAAACCACAUGAAGAAGAACAUGGUAACAAAUGGGAAAUGAUGAACCUUUGAGGAGCGCACCGUCUGGGCCCGGGACAAGAGCGACAGGAGGACGUGUGUAACGUAGGUAAAACUAUCGUACAGCGCAGUGGGCUUCCACUCAAUGAGUGCGGUCAAUAGACAUUGAAAACCGGUGCAGUCAUCUAGGUGUAGGGUGCUUACGUAUGCGUCAGUGAUUUUCAGACAACUCCAGCAAAUCGACUGUGCGUAAAACUUCAAGAAGAGGAGGUUUGUACAAGUUCGUACUGUAUGUAGGACACGAUUUAUUGGAACAUAUUUUUACUUUGUCCUGUGAAUUCAGAUGCCUCAUGUAUCUAUCAACCUAUUUUUUUUUUAAACUCUCUGACUAUUUGGAAACAACCAAGCCGCUUUUUCUUGAACCAUCGACAUGUUCACGCGCGGAUCUAAAAAGCGACGGUCGAAUCGCUCGGAGGAGGAAAACCCAGACCAGGGACAACCAUGUAUGAGAUGUGGAGACCAGUGUCCAGGCUUUCACAUGCAUGGCUGGAGGAAGAUCUGUGUGCACUGUAAGUGUGUGCGUGAGGAGCAUGCAGUGCGGGCGGUGCCGGGCCAGCUGGAGAGGAUGAUGGUGAAGCUGGUCUCAGACUUCCAGAGACACUCCAUCUCUGACGACGACUCAGGCUGCGCCUCCGAGGAGUACGCCUGGGUCCCGCCUGGACUCAAGCCCGAACAGGUGUAUCAGUAUUUCAGCUGUAUCCCGGAGGACAGAGUGCCCUAUGCUAACAGCUCAGGAGAGAGGUAUCGCAUUAAACAGCUCCUCCACCAGCUACCAGCUCACGACAGUGAGCCUCAAUACUGUAACCAUCUGGAUGAGGAGGAAAAGAAGGAGCUGUGUAUGUUCAGUCAGCAGAGGAAAAGAGAGAACCUGGGCAGAGGCAUUGUCAGACUGUUCCCUGUCACCAUGACCGGAGCCAUCUGCCAACAGUGUGGCAGACAGAUCUGUGGUGGGGAUAUAGCGGUGUUUGCCAGCCGGGCUGGUCACGGGAGCUGUUGGCACCCUCAAUGUUUCCAGUGUGCCUCUUGUACUGAGCUGCUGGUGGACCUCAUCUACUUCUACCAGGAUGGACAGAUCUACUGUGGCAGGCACCAUGCUGAGAGGAUCAAACCGCGCUGCCAAGCCUGUGAUGAGAUAAUUCUAGCUGAUGAGUGUACGGAGGCAGAGGGCCGACACUGGCAUAUGAAGCACUUCUGUUGUUUUGAGUGUGAGGCAGCGUUGGGAGGACAGCGGUACAUCAUGAGAGAGAGCCGGCCGUACUGCUGCUCCUGCUAUGAGUCCCUCUAUGCAGAGUACUGUGACACCUGUGGAGAACACAUAGGUAUAGACCAGGGGCAAAUGACCUAUGAGGGCCAGCACUGGCAUGCUGCCAAGUCGUGUUUCUGCUGUGCCCGCUGUCGGCUCCCCUUGCUGGGGCGGCCCUUCCUCCCACGUGGGGGCCUCAUCUUUUGCUCCAGGCCCUGCUCUCUGGGAGAGGACCCAGAUAACUCAGACUCGUGUGACUCAGCCCUCCAGAGCCGGCAUCCGCAGCACAGACGCUGUGAAACAGAUGAGAAGAACCAGCAGCCGCAGCGCUGCUCCCCACAGCAACCACCAGAGGGAGCCAACAUCCCUGUUGUCCCAGGAGAAGUCUGCAUUCAUGCUGCACUGGAAAAUAGACGUGUUCACAUCUCUACUAAUGUUCCGAAUGGAGUCCCCCCACCACUCAACAGUCAUCCUAACCUCAGAGGGUCCUACUCUCCCCUUCCUCAUUGUCACUUAGCCAAUAACUGGGGACCAUCUUGUCCUGUCGACCAAUCACUCAGCAGUUUGUACCCUGAAGAUUGUGACAAGCAUCCAGGCAGUAGUCUGGAGUUUUUAGGAGAGCCCAAUGGCUAUGCGGGACACCCCCUCACCAGUUUCAGUAGAGGAACGUCUACUGCAAAGGACUGUGGGAACUGUGUGGAGAGAAGUAGUCAAGUUAUGCAAGUGUUUCCUCCCCCGAGGAACUCCUCCUUACCUGCAUCACUAAACCAUCCCAGUCCUGCUGCCCCUCUGCCCCUCCCGCCCCCUCAACCCAAGUCUUGUGAUUUGAUAAUCAGGCCAAAUCUGCACCAACCAGAGCCAAGCCCCCCUGACCCUAGCCCCCAAUCAAGUCGAAGUGGGACAGCCAGGGUCAGUUUCCGAGAGCCAAUCAGCUGCAGCUACUCUGUGGAGGAGGAAGAAGAGGAGGAGGAUAAGGAGAGAAGAGAGGGGGAUGAAGAACAGGCAGAGGAAGAGGAUGGAGGUUUUGGGAGCAGGUUACAUAUGCAGAGGGGCAUUCCACCUCAAAUGGACCUUCUGGAUGGUUCAUACCAACAUCGUAGUUUACGGCGGAGGUGGAACCGUGGCCGUGUGGCUUCCGACUCUACUCUCCACCUAGGCACAGCGACACGUUUCCGUCACUCUCAGCCGGACAGGCCCCGUCUGGAUGCUCUAGAAAGGAGACGAGAGAGGGAGAGGGUUUCCCUUUCUUCCCCUGGCGUCACAGAGCCCCCAUUACUCAACCUCCAGCCAACCCAGUACAACAAACAUGAGGACUCCUGCUCCACCUGCUCCUCCUCCUCAGACUCAGAGGAAGAUGGUUACUUCCUGGGGCAGCCUAUCCCCCUGCCCCCCCAGCUAACCCACAGGCCCCAGUCUGUGGAUGGAGAGAGGGAAGGAGAGAGGGAUGGAAAGACAGAAGGAGAGAAGGACAGGGGGUUGAGAAACAGCCUGAGCAGGAAGAGAAGGGCCAAUGGCCUUGGUGCAAAGGACAAAGACAAGAACUGUGCCAUCUCCUAAGUUUGACCCUCACAGUGAAAGUUCUGUUUUUCAACGAUCAAGCCAAUGUCCAGUUUCACAAUAAAUGAUAAAUAUUAAUCUGUAACAUGUUGGGGAUACUAUGAAUACAAUACUCCUAUCCAGCAGACUCAUUCAAAGAUUAAACCACUGUACUAUAAGAAGGCAGGAGGAAACAGAGAGAGUGACUGACUGUAAGAUGUAUUAGAGGGAUCAGAUAUAAAAUAGAAAUGUUGUGUUUGUAUGUUGUUUCGGGCACUUUUUUGCACAGUAGAGUGAAUCUGACAUCCAUCUAGGAAGUUCUGUAAGAAAAUGUCACUGUGUUCCCACAGUGCAUGUUAUAGGAUUUACUCAAACGUGAAGAAAUUCACUUGACAUUAUAUUCAAGUGAAUUUGUGGAAAGAGAACACUCAUUCCAGUAUAAACAUGUAAGCAUUUAUUGUGGGAAGCUAUUCUUAUAUCUAUUUUUGUAUAGGACCAUCUAAUUAAUGUACAUUUAAGAUUUGAGGAUUCCUUCUCAGAUUCUACAUUUCUUUGAGGGUCUUCAUGGGCAUUUGUCUCUCACUCACGCUCUGCUUCCAAACAUGCACAUUAGAGAGUUCUUCAGAAAAGAAUGUGCUGGCAGUGUUCAGUCACAUUAUUUCACCAAGGCCGAUAUAAACUAAGAUUCCGCCUUUAAUGUUUUUGUAGCAUAGCAUUUUUUUUCUACUCUGAGUGUUAAAUGCAAUGUUACACAUUUUAUGAGAAUAAUGAUUUGAAAUGUUUGUUCAACCAAAUAGUUGGCUAAAUAUUCUGUGAGAACCAAAACAGAGUGUUGGUCCCACACAGUGAGAUUGAAAGACUAAAUGUGCAAACCUGGACUGUGAAUGUUGGUGUGUAUGUUUUGACAACCUAUCAUAUCAAAAUCUAUUUGUUACAUGCGCUGAAUAUAGCAGGUGUAGACUUUGCCGUGAAAUGCUUACUUAUGAGCCCUUUCCCAACAAUGCAGAGUUAAAAAGGAAGAAAAAUGUGCAAAAAAGGAAAUAGUAACACAAUAGAAUAAGACUAUAUACAAGGUUCUCACUUUGACGUAAAGCCUCCCUAUGUGAGCAUAUGAUAUUCAAAAAAGGAAAUUGUGUACAUUCAUUGAUUUUUAGAUCAAAAACACAUUUACUUCAAGUCUAGUUAUUUUUAUACUCUUGGGUGCUGGUUCCUGUUUUCAAUGUUUUUUGUUGAAAUGUAAAACACUUUUUAAACUUUCACUUUUCAGAGAUUGUGGAAACUACAGUUUCUGAAAGUUUUGUACUAGGAGAAAUAAAUUCAUUGAAAACUGCAA